ACCUGAGGGUCCAAAGAGUCUCAGUCUCCAGAAGUUCAUUAAACAACAGAUCAGCAGAGUAGAUUAUGACUUUUAAGACUUUAAAGGCGAGUUGGAUUUAAACAUCGUCGAAAUGUCGUGACGGUGGGUGUGCGGACCAAAGGAUGCAGAUCUCGGGACAGACAGUGUUUUAUUUACAAGGUGCGGGAUUCAAAGUCAAUAUUAAUAGUCACAACUGGGGGCAAAGUGCAGGAGGCAGAGCGGGCGCAGGACGGGACAAGGUAGGACAGACCAGAACCGGGACAAGACGGGACCAGGAACAGGACCAGGAGAGACCGAGCAGGAAUAAUCCAACAGGUGAGAGCCAAGGCGGAGGACGGGAACCCAGACGGGACAGGAGGCGAAGACAAAGGGUGAACUUUACCGGAGCUGGAGCGCAGAGGCAGGAGCAGGAACGAGCGGGAGAACAGGCAUCUGAGGAGCGGCAAAAAUCCGGUCAGAGGCAAGAAAACAGUUCCACUCCUGUCCUGCGGGGGGGCAGCAGAGAGACGCAGAGGCGCAGGUCACGUGGUUGAACAGAGCAGCUCACAUAAACACACAAACACCCGGAGCAGCAGAUUUAACACAAAGCUUCGCCGUCGCCGUGGAGAUGUCCCAGUCGACCUAGUGCGUCAGACCCGUCCUCCCUCCGCCCCGUCCUCCCGCAGCGUCCCGCCUCGCUCCUGUGAUGCCGCCCUCGUGCUGUGGCUCUCCGUCACAGUACACACACCACCACCUCGCCACCUUCUGUCUCACGUUUUUUAGUUACGUGCUGCUACACUCGUCCAGGAAGACUUUUAGCAACGUGAAAGUCAGUAUCUCUGCUCAGUGGACUCCAACGCUACAAAAUGGCAGCUCUCCCAGUUUCUAUCCCCCAGAGACGUGGGAGGAUCACCGUCUGUUUGCAGAUGAGGAACAGGCCACACUUUUCCUCGGAGCGUUGGACUCCAUCUUCCUCUUUUCGUACGCUGUGGGUUUGUACCUGAGCGGCGUGAUCGGAGACAGAGUAAACCUUCGCUACGUGCUGUGCGUCGGUUUGUGCGGAUCAGCUGUCGUGGAGUUCGUGUUCGGCACAGUGACAGAAUGGCUGAAGAUCUAUAAUGUUUACGUGUACUGCGGUCUGUGGGUGCUCAACGGGCUGCUGCAGUCCGCCGUCUGGCCCUGCGUCGUCGCCGUGAUGGGAAACUGGUUUGGUAAGACCGGUCGUGGCUUCAUCUUCGGGCUGUGGAGCGCCUGUGCUUCUGUCGGAAACAUCCUGGGAGCGUUUCUGGCCUCGAGCGUCCUGAAGUAUGGCUACGAGUACGCGUUCCUGGUGACUUCAGUGGUGCAGUUUGCUGGUGGGAUUGUGGUUUUCUUCGGCCUCCUCACGUCGCCAAAGGAAGUGGGUUUGAGCUCAGAGCCGGAGACAGGUUUAAACCCGGUGGAGACGGACUCAGACAGCCACAGGCCCCUGAUGAGCGACGAGGAGGACGAGGUGGAGGUGGAGGUGUGCGCCCAGCGAGACCACGCCCCCUCGCAGCUCGACGAGCCCCUGACACGCGACCCUCAGCCCAUCGGCUUCUGUCAGGCCUUCUGUCUCCCGGGGGUGCUCCCUUAUUCCCUGGCGUACGCGUGUUUAAAACUCGUCAAUUACUCAUUUUUCUUUUGGCUCCCGUUUUACCUGAGUAACAACUUUGGCUGGAAAGAGGCGGAGUCUGACCGUUUGUCCGUGUGGUACGAUGUGGGCGGGAUUAUCGGUGGUACGAUACAAGGUCUAAUUUCUGAUUUCAUGGGGAAGAGGUCACCGGUUUUGGCUCUGAGUUUGCUCUUUGCCAUGGGGGCGCUAGUGGGAUUCAGCCAUUCUCCCAAUAACCAGGUCAUAAAUGCAGUUUUAUUGGCCACCACUGGUUUCUUCACCGGGGGCCCCUCAAACAUGAUCAGCUCGGCCAUCUCCGCAGAUCUGGGCCGUCAGGACGCUCUGCGGGGCAGUCAGGAGGCUCUGGCCACAGUCACGGGCAUCGUGGACGGGACGGGGAGCAUCGGCGCCGCAGUGGGACAGUAUCUGGUGUCUCUGAUUGAGAGUAAACUCGGCUGGAUGUGCGUCUUCUACUUUUUUGUUAUUAUGACAGGGAGCAGCAUCGUCUUCAUUUCUCCGUUAAUCUACAGAGAGGUGAGAGCGAUGUGGAGAGAGCGACGAGCCUCUCAACGACAACUCUGAAACGAAAAAAAACAAAACGGAAAAAUAGCGGUAAAAAAACAUAAUCCAAAACACUUUUACUUUUACUGUGUCACUUUGAAACUCCCGUUGUCGUCCCGUGUGAUUUUAAACUGACAGAUGAAGUGCCUAUGAGAAAGAAUCUAGGCCUGGUGCCCUUCAAAAUAAUGUUCGUUUUGGUGUAAAUAUUUAAAAAAAACCCUGAAUGGAUGUAAAUAGAACUUUCUGUACGUGAGGCUUUUAAUUUGAAAGGCUUUUACUGCCCUUUUAGAAUGUAAACUGACAUCAUUUUAUCUGUUGUAAAUAUGUACAGCGCUUACUCGCUUUUAUUUUGAAAUAUGAAUCUUGCACUAUAAUUUACCUUAUUCCGGAAGUUGCCGUCGUCGUUUGGGUUGGAUUAUUUUGGACGGGGGCUGAUGUUUCAAAGCCUCCACAGAACACACAACACUUUACCGUAUUUUCCGGACUAUACGUCGCUCUGGAGUAUAAGUCGCCCCUGCCAAAAAUGCGUAAUAAUAAAGAAAAAAACGUAUAUAAGUCGCUUUUUUUAGGUUCAAAAAAUGACUCCGCCUCCAUUUUUCAGCAGACAAGUUUCUCAUUUGCUCUAAACUCUCUUUCCGCUGCUUGAUUACCGUUUUUGGCCUCACGUUUUACGACUUUAGCUUGUAAUCAGCAGAAUACGACUUUAUUUUAGGUCGUGUUUUUGUUCAGUCUUUCUCAGAUGUUUUUUAAAUUACCGUAAUGAAUGAAUGAAUGAGUUUUAUUUGGGUUGUUUACGAAGACAAAACCAAACAAAUAUGACUGGGUUGAAGCGGCGUGUUUAUGUUAAGCCCGUCCUGACCAACACAUUCGACAGACGGUGAUCAACCCUGUUUCAACCCUUAUUAUUGUAUCAUAAUAAGGGUUGAAACACAUUAAUUGUAUGUCUGUAUCACACUGCAAUGUGAUGUUUGAGGUUAUAGUGGUAGAAAUAGUUUAAUUUGCUGUUAAAAGUUCUGAUUAUGAUCAACUGGGACGGUUCAGCAGGACGCUAAGGGCCAAUAAAAGCCGGUCUGAGUGCUGCAUUUUGCCCCCGGGCCCUAGUUUGGACACACCUGUUUUAAAGUUUUAGUUAACUUAAAUUAAUCAGAUCACUCCAAAGUCUUAUUCCUCAAAUAGACACAUCUUUGCCUCACGUUAGUUUUUAUUUUAUUAGAUUCAAACUGAAACAAACGUCUUAAAUUAUAACGACUGUUUUUUAAUUUAAAGAAAGACUGAAAUCCUGCGAGAAAAUCUUUGUUCACGACACGAAACAGACAAAAUGUUUAACUUAACUAUGUAAUGUUGAAAUAUUCAGUGAGUAGAUACUGGUACAUAAGCCUAGAGCGCCCUCGUGUGGUUCGGCGUGACAGUAACAAAUGUGUGAAAUUAUAUAUUGUAAUAGUUUCGUAUAUAAGUCGCACCUGGACAAACUAUGAAAAACAGUGCGAUUUAUAAUCCGGAAAAUACGGUGCACAAAUCAACACUACGUGAGGCGAAACUUUCCCCGAAUUCGCCGUUGAAACUAUGAGGAUUCCGUUUUUUGAGCGUUUAAAGGUAAAAGUGGGCGUGGCCAACUGAGGUCAACAGCCGAUGUGAUUUUUUUUUUUUUUUUUUCUGGGGUUUUUAACGUGACCACUUGAAUUCGAUCAGUGCGACACAUUUAUCCGCACAAAUAUCACACAAUCGUACAGGGAAAUCACCACCAAAGUUUUAUAUAAAGGCUUUGAAAGUCGUUUUUGUUUUUCGUUUUGACGAUUACACGAGAAAAACGAGCGACGGACGGUUUGUUUUCUCUUUAAAAUGUUCAUAUUUGUGGUUGGGUUUUUUCAAAUCAGGGUUGAGUCUGUAAUUAUUUUGGUGCGAUGUUUCCGAUCUGUUUUUACUUUUACUUCCUGUUUACCAAAUGAUUUUUGUUUACACGUUGCAUUUUAUUCUAUGCCAUAAACUGACUGCAAUCUGAUGUAACUUGAUGCCUUUUUAAAUGUGUUUUAUUUUUGGAUUAAUUUGGUUUUAGGGCCUUUUUUUAUUUCCAUCUUUUUAAUUUUUUUAUUUAUAAAUCUGACUGAAAAAAGUGGUGUUUUUUGGCAAAUUUUUAAGUGUUUUUACUGAACUGACAGAUAAUAACAAGCUUUUGGACGUAGUUUGUAUAGAAGGAUUUUAAAGCUGCAUUACGUAACUUAUCCUGUCUCCAUGGAGAUGUUAUUACUUUGGAAUGUUCCGCGUCUCCGUGUUAAACUUGCGUAUCGAUAAAUGUGUGUGUUCAUUUACAGGUGUUUUUUUUUAAAGCUUAAAAAAAAUAAUUAAAAAAAACAGCCUUUCAUCGCUACAGUGAGUGGACUUGCCUCUCCACAGAUCUGACCCGGUUGGUUUAUUUAUUUAUUAUUUUGUUUAUUUAAACGGGACAAAACAGACGUCUUUUGUUAUGUCAAGUUGUGUCAAUUUGCUCGUUUCCACGGAGAUAAACAAGUUGAAUGAACAGUCAAAACAGGAAAAACGAGAACAUCUCCACGGAAACGACCGACGAUGGAAAAGUUACGUAGUGCGGCUUUAACACAGCUGCUCAUUUAUGCAUCUGUUUCUUAUGAUUUUGCACAGCGACUGUUUACACCAACCACGUUUUGCCUUUGUUUUGUUUUUCUGUUUCUACGUUUGGGCUUUUUAAAAUUUAAUUAUAUUUUCUUUUAUCGGGGUCGUCUCGUUUCCAUGACGUCGCCUGUGUCUGUGUCAAAUGUCACUGAAUGUGCAGGAUUUCAGUUGAAUGUGGAACAAAAAUCCGUGUUCCGUUUGAUGUAUACGCACCACUAUGUUUAUAAAACCGCAGAUGUGAAUGAAGUUUACGUUUGAAUUAAACGUGAAGCACAUUU